AUGCUUGCCGCUGCACUGGAGGAAUGGGUUCCGUACAUUGAUUUUUCCACACUGCGGAUUCUUGAUCUGGGAUCAUCCAUCAAGGGAGAAGCAUUCGCAGCAUGGGCAAAUCAUCUUCAUUUCCCGGCCCUUCGAACCCUGCGCUUGUUCCUCGGUCCUGAAGAGGUCGGAGCAGAACAAACACCCGAUUUCUACCUGCAAGCAACAAGAUUUCUUCAGAGUUUGCCAUCGCUAUCGGAGAUCCACCUGAUUGCAUGGCACUCACAGCUGUGGAUAGAGACGUUGGCAAAACAUCACGGAUCACGUUUGCGCAAGCUGUCUGUGACCAGUGGACGCAAGCUGUCUGUGACCAGUGGACGCAAGCUGUCUGUGACCAGUGGACUUUGGCAAUGGUUUACCGAGCACGAUAUCCUCCAACUCGGCAGAUAUUGUCCUCUACUGGAGAAGAUGAGCAUCCCCAUCCGUCGCACCCAAGGAGACGCUCAAGAAGUAGCUGUCUACAAGGCCUUGGGCACAAUCAGAAACCUGAAAUUCCUCGACCUGGAAUUGAACGUUAUUGAUCCAACCUUGUACCAGGAGAACGCUUCCAUCGAUUCGGACUGGGACGACUUUGACAAUCAAUACACCGAGGAAGAUCUAGAAGGCAUCAACCGAAGCCGCAACGGACACAUCCGGAGACUUCUGGUCAAUACCCUCAUUGACGAACCACUUGCGUCCUCGAUCUUCGAGGUCAUUUCGGCCGCAAAGUCCCACGACGCACCACUCCUUGAACGGCUGACCUUGUCGAUAAACGGGAAAGCUGACCGGCACUACCGUCCGCGAUACGUGUUCUCCCGCCUUGUGAGGUUCUUCGCCUCGGAGUGGACCGUCGAGCGCGAUCUCCGCUACGAGCACCGGGACAAGUUCGAAGCGCGGAUCUCUCAGAAUUCCAAAUUCCAGUUUUCCUACAACGAUAAUAUUGGGACGUUUGGAAAAGCUUUUUACUGGCUAUAG